AUGUCUCUGAAUGACAACCAGCGCAGUCUCAUCCUAAAUCAUGCCGAUCGUCUGCUCACCACUCGGGCUUGGCCAAAGACGAUCUGCCCUUCCGAGAUCGCACGUGCAUUGUCCGGCGCGGAGCUGGACACGUUGAACGCAACAACAUGGAGAGACACCAUGGACAUUAUACGGCAGCUAUUGUGGGAGAAACGAGCAUCUGGCGAAGUUGAAGUUAUGCAAAAAGGAGAAGUGGUGGCCGCAGAGAGCUUGGAGGAUAUCAGAGGUCCAAUUCGAGUGAGAUUGGCAAAGACACAAGUUAGUCGGGUAUAG